AUGAUAGGAAAGAAAGAUGAGGUGGUAAAAGAAAUUGAAAUAAUUUUGAGAUGUUUUUUGAUUGAACAGAGAGUUGAUAUAAAUCCAGUAGACUCUUCUCAACAAAAAUAUGUUCCAGAAAAGAAAGAAGAAGGUUAUGAUCCCAAAGAUACUCCAUCUAUCCUAGAUGUGUCUGUAGAUGUUUCCAAUGGACAACAAGAACAAUCAUCUAUUGAUCCAGUUGAACAACCUCUAGUUGAUAUAGUUGAUAAUCAAGUGGUGGACAACUCCAGUGAUGCUAUUCAAGGUCUUCCUGAUAUAGAUAUUAUUAUAGAGAUGAUAGUAGAGGAGUUAGGAGAAGUGGGAAAGAACAAAGAUGAUGGUCUAGAAGGUGAAAAGGAUAAUAUUGAAGAUCCGAUGAAGGAGAAGGUUGAAAAGCAAUCAAACAAUGCUCCAAAACCCAUAACCAAUGCUAUAAUUCCUAAUAAGGGAAAACAAAUUGUAGUUAAUAAUGAUCCUUCUCAUGCUCUAGUAGAUUUCAGAACUCUGUCUCCUCUUCAAGCAUUAAAUUCGGCCACUCUCAUACAGAUCAAGGCUAAUGAAGAAGAGGAAAAACAAGCUGAGAAGGAUAGUUUUGAAAAGUUCAAGUCAAAAGAAAUUCCUAAAGGUGUUAAGAUCAUAGAUUUUGAAUUGGAUAACAAGUAUAUGCAAGAUGAUUCGAUUGAUACUGAACUGAUAUUAAUUCCGGAUGAUAACAUCAAAGACAAUGUUGAUAAUACUAUUGGUAAUGUUGAUGUUCAGAUGUUUGAACAUCAUGAGAAACAAGAGGAACAAGUGGAGAAGAAAACUGAAGAAAAGAGCUUUGAUGAGCCAUCAGAUAAUGCACAACCUACUGAUACUCAAAUUCCAUCAGAGGCAGUGACAGAAGUAAAAAAGAUAACCAUCUACACUAGAGUAGUGAAGAAGCCACAAUCUGGUGGAGCUCAACAAUCAAAGAAUCCCAGAGAUGAAAGUGAAUCAUUCAGGAAGGCCAGAGCCAGCAAGCAGCAGAAAUAUGAGAUUGAUGCAACUCUUAAAUUUGAUAAGAUAGAAGGUACAUUUGAUAUAGUUCCCCCAUUGACCUUGAAGGAGUUAAUUGAUGAACUUAUUAAGGAUCAAAGUGUAGUUGAAGAAGCAAUUAGAGAUGAUGUAAAUCUAAAAGAACCCACUCAAUAUGCAUCUAUUCCAGAAGUAAAUAUAGCUUUCCUCGGCAAGCCCAAGGAUCAAUCUCUUGAGAAAGCCACUCCAGAAGGACAAACCAAUGAUCAAUCUCAUGUUGAUAAUGAUAAUACCUCUGAUGUUUCUAUACAGGAUCCUCUUGUUAUAGAAGUUGUGUCAGAUAAAGUAGUUGAGGAGUCAGUAUAUGUAGAAAAGGAUGCAAAUGAUGGUAAGAAAGAUGGAAAGGUUGAGAGUAAAAAAGUUGUAUCUGAGGAGAAAGGGGAGGAAAAAGAAGAUCAGAACUCUGGCCACAGUGGCAAGAGACACUAG